AUGACACCACCUUCUCCCUCACAUGUAGUUUGUUUAAGGAAAUCCCUUUACGGGCUCAAACAGGCAUCGCGCCAGUGGUAUGCAAGGUUAUCUUCCGCCUUGGGAACUCGGGAAUUCAUUUCGUCGUUGAAUGACUAUUCUCUUUUUUACAAGUCUUCUGGGAAUCUUGUCACCAUCCUCGCAGUAUAUGUUGAUGAUAUACUCUUGACUGGGAACAAUCAACAAGAAAUCAGUGAGCUUAAGGUUUUUCUCAACAAUGAAUUCAAAAUCAAAGAUUUAGGCAUUGCCAGUUAUUUUCUUGGUAUGGAAUUGUUGCACUUACCAGAUGGAUUACUUGUGACUCAGCGGAAAUUUGCCAUGGAUCUUCUUUUGGACUAUCCCGAUCUCCCUUCCCACCCUGUUUCCACUCCCUUGGACCCUACUUUCAAACUCAACAUAACUUCUGGUGACCCCCUACCCAACCCCACUGUUUACCAUCGUCUGUUGGGUCAACUCAACUUCCUCACACACACUCGUCCGGAUCUUGCUUUUGCAGUCCAGACUCUCAGCCAAUAUAUGCAACACCCUCAUACUGGUCACCUUCAGGCAGCUUUCCAUACCCUUCGUUAUCUCCGUAAAGAUCCAAGCUUGGGAUUUUUUAUGAAUUCUUCUCCUUCUCUUCAAGUCCUUGGGUUCUGUGAUGCCGAUUGGGCCUCGUGCUCCGACACUAGACGCUCCGUAAGCGGCUUCUACAUCAGUCUCGGCGACUCACCAGUGUCUUGGAAAUCCAAGAAACAACCAGUUGUUUCUCUUUCAUCAACAGAAUCUGAAUACCGAUCUAUGCGUCGUUUAGUCGUUGAGAUUUCUUGGGUCGUUCGUCUUCUUUCAGAUCUCACCGUCUCACCUUCUCUUCCUGUUCCUCUACACUGCGACAACAGAUCUACCAUCCAUAUUGCAAAAAACCCCGUCUUUCACGAACGAACCAAGCACAUCGAGCUUGAUUGUCACUUCGUUCGUGAAAAACUCCUUGGUGGUCUUAUCUCUCUCUCUUUUCUACCCUCUUCCUCCCAAAUCGCAGAUCUGUUCACCAAAGCUCUUGCCGGUCCUCUUCAUCGUCAUUUUCUUGCCAAGUUGGGUAUCCGAUCACCGGACACCAACUUGAGGGGGGCUGAUGAAAUAUCUUCCACGUUUGUUCAAGAACCUUCUAACUAUGUUGAAGUACACGGACAAAACAAGAAGACACAGACACAAGUUCAACAUUUUCGGACAUAA